UGCAGGUGCAUCUCAGCAAACUAAAUCGUUCAUCUCCGUUGAUAAAAGAAAAACCUCACUAUAUAUAUAUCAAAGUAACAAAUAUGGAUCCUUUUCCUUAGUUUCAUCUAAUAUACUUAGUACAGAAACAAACUAACAGAUUUUUUGGCCAAAACCAAGAAAGAGGGGGAAUCUAUAUGAAAGAAAAUAUUGAUAUUGAUCAUCUUUAGCAUGUGCAGCAUGAGUGUCGAUGAUGAUGGCGAGGACACAUCCGGGAUUUCAUCGUUCCCAUUGGGAAUUUUGAGUAACUCAGUGCAUCAAGAUUCACAAAGUUCUCACGUUACAGCUUUUAAUUCAGGUCAUGGAUCCUCAAAGUUGGACAACGAGUCAACCUCGUCUAACACCAUACGGGAUGUUCAUAUUUCAAUGCGGUUAAUGGAGGACUUUCUUGAUCUUGCUAAAGAAAAUACAGGAAAGGAUUUGGAAACUUGUGGUAUACGUGGUGCCUAUCUUGAGAAGGGAACCCUCUACAUGACUACCCUGAUCAUACCAAAGCAGGAAUCAGCUUCCUAUUCUUGUCAAGCUACAAAUGAGGAGGAAGUUUUCAAAAUUCUAAAUGAAAGAUCCCUUUAUCCUGAGGGAUGGAUCCAUACACAUCCUUCUCAAAGUUGUUUCAUGUCAUCUGUGGAUCUGCACACUCAAUAUUCAUAUCAGAUGAUGAUUCCUGAGGCAUUUGCCAUUGUCUUGGCGCCAAAUGAUACCUCAAGGUCUACCUACUGUCUCUUGUUCUACAAUAUGGACGAUUUCUCACCAAUUCUUCUAGUUAUUGUUGUGCUUAAAAACUAA